AUAGCAAAGCAAGAAACCAGGUCCUCUCCGUAUAUACUCCUUAGGUUUUCUUCUGGACACUUCUUCAAUCUCUCCCAGUUUCUUCGUUGCGUUUCUGUGGAGCAGCUUCAGCAGCUCCAGCGCUCAGCAGAUACUCAUCGCAGCCAAGACUACUGGUAAUGCUGGCUUAAGUUUUGAUUUUGGAAAACAAAGAAAAUGACAAAGAAGAAGAACCCCCUGGUUUUCUUGGAUGUGUCCAUUGAUGGAGAUCCUGCUGAGAGAAUGAUUUUUGAGCUUUUCUCAGAUGUUGUCCCCAAGACUGCGGAAAAUUUUCGUGCACUCUGUACAGGGGAAAAAGGAAUUGGACCUAAAACUGGUAGACCUCUGCACUUCAAGGGAUCAUUUUUCCAUCGCGUUAUUAGGGGCUCCAUGGCUCAGGGUGGUGACUUUGUCAAAAGAGAUGGGACUGGUGGAGAAAGCAUAUAUGGGGGAAAGUUUCCAGAGGAAUCACCCAGGCUAAAGCAUGAUGCUCCUGGUCUCCUGUCCAUGGCAGUUGCUGAUCGUGAUUCUUGUGGUUCUCAGUUCAUUGUCACCUUCAAGGCUAAUCAUCAUCUUGACAGGAAGUAUGUAACAUUCGGAAAACUGGUGCAAGGGCAUGAAGUUUUGAGAAAGAUAGAAAGUGUGGGUGAUGAAGAAGGAAAACCAGGGGUAACUGUGAAAAUUAUCAACUCUGGUGAAUUUCACGAGGACAAAAAGAAGGUUAAUAAGUUGAAAAUGGGGAAAGAUGCUUCUGAUGAUGCUAAUAGUUAUGAACUUCGGCGGAGGGGAAAGCUCAAGAAAUCUUCUAGAGAUAGAAGGAAAAAGAGGAAAAGAUAUUAUACUUCUGAAUCAGAUACUUCAUCUGAUACUGAGACGGAAUCAACUGAAUCUGAUAGUGAUUCAGACUCUUAUGAUUCAUCGUCAUCUUACAUUAGUUCUUCAAGUGAUGACAGGCGUAAGAAGCGGAAGAGAUCAUCUAGAAGAGACAAAUACAAACGUGGGAAGAAAAGAGAUAAGCGGCGUGACAAAAAGCGCAGGAGGCGCGAGAAAAAAUCGAAGCGCCGAUCAAAAAGGUCAUCUGAUAGUCUUACUGAUACGAGUGAGAGUAAAACAGAAAGCAGCUCUGAGGAUGAUGACAAUGAUGUCCAAGGGUCUGAUCGGAAGCCUAAAAACCCUUCUCAGAUUACUGCCAGGAAUCGAUCUCCAUCGCUGGGAGAGAAAGAAGCUGCUUCCAUUAAUCGGAAAAAGGGUGCAAUGACUGAUAUGUUUGAAAAGGAGGGUGAACUUCCAAAGGAAAAUGGAGAGCAGCGGAGCAAUGGGAUUGAAGCACACAAUAAGUCGGACAAUAGUGCAGAUAGACAACCUGAUGUAGUUGAUGAUCACCCAGGCAAAUCUAGGAGCCGGAGCAUGAGUCCUAAAAGGACAAUGAGUAAGAGUAUGAGUAUUAGUCCCAGGAGGAGUCUGAGCAAGAGUCCAAGCGUGAGCCCGAGGAGUGUGAGCAGGAGUAUCAGUAGAAGCCCACCACGGGUCUCCCAGAGAACCAGGAGUCUAAGUAGAAGUCCAGUUAGAAGUGGCAGCAGCAGGAGCCCAGCCAAAAGUGUCAGCCAAAGUCCUGUGAGAGGCAAAAGGGAACGAAGCAUCAGCAGGAGCUCAUUGAGAUCCCGGCCAGGAAGGAGUAUUAGUGGGAGUCCAAGAAGGUCACUGCCUCAAAGAAGCCUUAGUAGGAGCCCUCCUAGAGCCCUAUCACGAAAAUCAGUUAGCCGAAGUCCAGUGAGGGUUUCAAGAAAAAGUGUAAGCCGAAGCCCAGUUAGGUCUUCUCGGAGGAGCAUAAGCAGAAGCUCAGGUAAGGCUCCUUCAAGGAGGAGCAUUAGUCGAAGUCCUGUUAGGGCACCCAGCAGGAAUAACCGUCGUAGCUAUUCAAGAAGUCCUGCCGGCCCAGGACGUAGAACUAGGUCUCCCCUUUCUGAUCGUGGACGUAGCCUGUCUAGGAGUCUUUCACCUGAUGAGUCGCCGAAGCGCAUUAGAAGAGGUCGAGGUUUCAGUCAGCGAUACUCUUAUGCUCGAAGGUACAGGACCCCAUCUCCGGAUCACUCACCUGUGAGGUCAUACCGUUAUGGCGGCAGAGGUGAUCGUGAUAGGUAUUCAAGCUACAGGAGGUACUCUGAUCGUUCCCCAAGGCGUUACAGAACCCCGCCAAGGGGGAGAACCCCUCCAAGAUACAGAGGCCGAAGAAGCAGGUCACGUAGUCCAAGUGUUUCACCCAGUCCAGUGCGUUACCGUCGCCGCAGCCACAGCCGCCGUUAUAGCCGCAGUCCUAUUCGCAGCCGUUCCCCUGUUGAGGCAUCCAGAUAUCGUGCUUCCCCACGUGAGAGGCGAAGGUCUUUAUCUAGGAGCAGGAGCCCAUCGGGAUCAAGGUCCUCACUGGACUCCCAAACCCCCAGACAUGGAAGCAAAGACAGAUCAAGGUCACCGUCGGUGAGCCCUCCUGGAAAGAAGGGCCUUGUCUCUUAUGGUGAUGGCUCUCCAGAUUCUGGCCAAAGGUAGGUAGGCCAGGGAUUGUGAUAAGCUGAUGCUGGAGUUGAUCUUGACUUGGUGGUUUAGUGGUCUUUUGUUGCAUUAAAGGCUUGCAUCCUUUACCCAACUAGACCUUGUUUACUGUUCUAUCCUAUUUUUAUUCUGAGUUACGGUUUAGGUUGGUUACUGGUGUGGUUUAUGGAUGGUAAUGGAUUGAAGUUGAAUCAUACAAGUAGAUUUAUAAAGAUUGUUUAUGUAA